GAUCUGGACAGAUUGGAGAUCUGGGCAAUCACCAACCGCAUGAAGUUUAACAAGAGCAAGUGCCAGGUCCUGCACCUGGGACGGAGCAACCCUGCCUAUACGUACAGACUGGGCGACGAGACGCUGGAGAGCAGCCCAGCAGAGAGGGAUCUGGGGGCUGUGGUUGACAGCAAGCUGAAUAUGAGCCAGCAGUGCGCCCUGGCAGCCAGGAGGGCCAACCGUAUCCUGGGGUGCAUCAAGCAUGGCAUUGCUAGUCAGUCGAGGGAAGGGAUUGUCCUGCUCUACUCUGCGCUGGUGUGGCCUCACCUUGAUUACUGUGGGCAGAUUUGGGCACCACAGUACAAAAAGGAAGUGAAACUGUUGGAGAGUGUCCAGAGAAGGGCUACAAAGAUGGCAAAGGGCCUAGAGGGGAAGACAUAUGAGGAGCGGCUGAGGUCACUUGGUCUGUUCAGCCUGUAAAAGAGGAGGCUGAGGGGAAACCUCAUUGCACUGUCAUCUACAGCUUCCUCAUGAGGGGGAGUGGAGGGGCAGGCACCGAUCUGUUCUCUUUAGGGACCAAUGAUAGGACCCAAGGAAAUGAUGUCAAGCUGUGACAGGGGAGGUUCAGGCUGGAUAUCUGGAAAAGGUUCUUCACUGAGAGGUUGGUCACACACUGGAACAGGCUCCCCAGGGACGUAGUCAUGACACCAAGCCUGUUGGAGUUUAAGAAGCGUUUGGAAUAUACUCUUAGUGAUAUGGCCUGAAUUUUUGAGUAGACCUGUGUGGUGCCAGGAGUUGGACUCGAUGAUUCUUGUGGGUCCCUUCCAACUUGGGAUAUUCUAUGGUUCUAUGAAGCAGCUUAGUGUAUGCAGCUCAAACAAGUCUAUAUGACAACAAACACCUCAUGACUCCAGAAGGUGGAGAUGUGGCUGGCAGUUGGCAGGCCUGGUCCAUCUGUAAGGUCUGUGAAUGCUGGAGCUGAUUGCAGUCAGGUGGGCUGCAUCCAAAUGACAGAAAGAGUCUCCUAUUGUUCAUGAGCUAGUCCAGCUUCAAGUUAACUAGUGAAAUGCAUGUGCACAGUGAUCCCCCCAGUAGCUGGCCCUAGACAUGUGGUGUUUCCAACUGCUGGGUCCCAAGGAGCUGUGAUUCCUUAUGGUAUUACAAGUACCUGGGCCUUGUAUCCACAGAAAACAAAUCUUCUCUAAGGCCUUCUGUCUACUAUAGGCAGAUUUGGGGCACCACUUUCAGGUUAAUUUUCAGACACAGCAGUUUUGAGUCCAGUUUGUUUGGAGCCCAGUUCUGGUGCUCAGCAUCAAGGGUCUUAAGAGCAGCUAUUCCACUUUCAGCCAGAGGCUGAAUCUUGUGCUUCUCUGACAUCCAAGGAACCAGGUUGCCUUUACAUACAUCUGCACAAGCACAGAUAGCAGUAGGAAACUCCCCCACCUCUCACAAGCUUUACAGCUGCUGUUCUUCAAGUCUUCUGUUCUUACUGCAUGUAUCAGUACAGGCUGGGGGAUGAUCUGCUGGAGAGGAGCUCUGUGGAGAAGGACCUGGGGGUCCUGGUGGACGACAGGUUGACCAUGAGCCAGCAGUGUGCCCUGGUGGCCAAGAAGACCAAUGGGAUCCUGGCGUGCAUUAAAAGGAGCAUGGCCAACAGGUCAAGGGAGGUGAUCCUCCCCCUCUACUCUGCCCCGGUCAGGCCUCACCUGGAGUACUGUGUCCAGUUCUGGGCUCCCCGGUAUAAAAAAGACAGGGAUCUCCUGGAAAGAGUCUAGCGGAGGGCCACAAAGAUGAUACAGGGCCUGGAGCAUCUUCCCUGUGAGGAAAGGCUGAGAGACCUGGGUCUGUUCAGCCUGGAGAAGAGAAGACUGAGAGGGGAUCUUAUCAAUGUUUACAAAUAUCUUAAGUGUGGGAGACAGUGGAAUUUGGCCAACCUCUUUUCAGUGGUUUGUGGGGACAGGACAAGGGGCAACGGCCACAAAAUGGAGCACAGGAAGUUCCGCACCAACAUGCGAAAGAACUUCACGGUGAGGGUGACGGAGCACUGGAACAGGCUGCCCAGGGAGGUUGUGGGGUCUCCUUCUCUGGAGAUAUUCAAGGCCCGUCUGGACGCCUGCCCGGGCAACCUGCUCUAGGGAACCUGCUUUGGCAGGGGGGUUGGACCCGAUGAUCUCUUGAGGUCCCUUCCAACCCCUACAAUUCUGUGAUUCUGGUGAAGUCACUGUUCUCUUCUUUCUGGGGACCCAGUCCUGCUUGGAAAAAUUGCAGUCCAAGUGGCUGGCUCCAGCCUUUCUCCCAUAACUUCCCAGCAUUCCAGCAUGCAAACAAGAUACACCCAUACAGCAGUAGGAAGCAGGCCGAUAAGAGGCUGAUGCAGUAUUUAGCAAAGCCAUGGAGAAUGUGGAGCUGAGAGCAGGAAUAUCAAUAGAACUACGUGUGUUUAGCCACAUAUAACAGACUCCGCAACUGAUAUUGCCAGACUAGGCCAAGAAUGACAAUAUUACUCAUUAAGAUCAACAAUGUGAGUCCUGCUACAGGAUGUUGCUAUGGCUGACAUAGCCUGUGUAAGCUGUGCAUUUCCACUAUGAGUUGUGUAGGAAGGUUAACCCUGCUUUGGUAUGCUUGGCUUAUUCAGCUUACACAUCACUCACUGCUCAUCUGCCACAGCUGUAUCCAGCCUAGUUCCACAGCGCUCAAACAUGCAUACUGUCUACAGUAGCUGUGUGCUGUGGUGUGUGUCUUUGGGGAGAACCUGCUGGUAAGCAGCUGCAGAGAGCAGGGUGGCAGUGAACUUCCCACACAGGUUACAAAAUCACGCUUUGGUGUCUCCUGCUAGCUGUCAGCAGGCAGUGCUUGGAGCCAUGAGCUGUGCCUGCCAUGUGGCCUGCACACGCUCAUGACACCAGAAGAGCAUUCAGGGGGUGUCUGUCAGGGGAGCCCAAGCCCAGCUUCCACCUCCUUUCCUGCCUGGAACCCCCCCAUGCAGCCACCCAGGUGGCACUGGCACAGCCGUGCCCAGCACCCGGAACCAGGGGCUCUGUGACAUCGGCAUUGGUGCUGAGGGCUCCGUGGGCAACGCGGGCACCACACCACGAUCGGCUGCUGUGUUGGUCGUGACAAGCCCAGGGCAUGAGCAGCUGCCUCUUGCCACAGGGAGUGAUGAAUGUGCUGCCCCUCCUCCUGCUGCUGGCCAUGUGCUGGCCUGUGCAAGGCACAUCAGGAAACUGUGGGACCUGUGGGCUCCGGCCCAUGGCCGAUCACUACGGCAUGAUGCGCGUCGUGGGUGGCACGAAUGCCCAGCCAGGGGCCUGGCCCUGGAUCGUCAGCAUCCAGAAUCCCUGGUAUUCAGGCGUUGGGCAUGUAUGUGGAGGGUCCCUCAUCAGCCCACAGUGGGUCCUCACAGCAGCACACUGCUUCGAUAAUGCAAGUUAUGUCAUGAUGUGGCGUGUGGUGAUCGGUGCCAACCGGUUGACUCAGCUGGGCCCUGAGGUUGAAGUGCGCAAUAUUAAGCGGCUGGUGAUUCAUGAAUACUAUAGAAAUAUCAAAACAGGGCACGACGUUGCACUGCUGGAAUUGGACCAACCUGUCCAGUGCAGCCAAUAUAUACAACUUGCCUGCGUGCCUGACGCCUCGCUGAGAGUGUCAGAGCUGUCAACCUGCUACAUCAGUGGUUGGGGUUCCACAGAGGAAAGAUCUGGACGAUCUCCCGAUGUCCUGCAGGAGGCCAUGGUCCAUCUCAUUGACAUCAAACUCUGCAACAGCAGCCGGUGGUAUAGAGGGGCCAUCAAGACCCACAACUUGUGUGCUGGUUAUAUGCAGGGUGGCAUUGACACCUGCCAGGGUGACAGCGGUGGUCCUCUCGUGUGCAAAGAUAACACUGCUGGCUACUUCUGGCUCGUUGGUGUGACCAGCUGGGGGACAGGCUGUGGUAGAAUGCAUCGGCCUGGAGUAUAUGUCUCCACUCAGCACUUUUACGGAUGGAUCCUGGUACAGAUGGGACUGCAUCCAGCGGAAGAGGCUACUUCAACACCACAGCCAGUCUUUGUCUCAACCACUGUUCACAGGCCAAGACCAAUACCAUCACAAUCAUCAGGCCCAUUUAGAUCAUGUCCAUUUCCACGCCAGAAACUCCUGGAAUUCUUUAAUUUGUUGCAGGAACUCCUGCAGGUUAUAAGGGGAAAUAAUGCUUGAGCAGCAGGCUGAGCAUGAUCCAGUGCAGGCUACAGUGUACUAUAACCAUUUUCUUCAGGGGCAGUAUCUGGUGAUCCAAAGGCAGCCCCAGUGCCAAAGGCCUGCUCUGUCCCGCCCACUCUCCUCUAGUUUUACUUACUCAAAUAUACUUAGUUCAAGAAAUAAAGCUGCCUAUUUUCACAGCUA